UUUCCCUUUUCUCUCUCUCUCUUUCUUUUCUAUCUUUUUUUUUUUAUAUAUUUACUUCAUGACAGCUCUUACAUCUGCUAACGGUAUCAUUGCCUUGCUCGAUGAACAACAACCAGAGUUGAAGGUUUAUGCUCUUGAACAACUCAACACACUUGUGGAUGAAUUCUGGGCAGAGAUAUCUGAUUCGAUUGCUAAAAUUGAAAUUCUUUAUGAAGAUACUUCAUUUGCUCAAAGAGAACUUGCUGCUUUAGUUGCUUCCAAAGUCUAUUAUAACUUGGGUGAAUUGGAUGAUUCUCUUACUUUUGCUCUUGGUGCAGGCCAAUCCUUUGAUCUUUCUGAAUCCUCUGAAUAUGUUACUACAAUUAUCUCCAAGUGCAUUGACAAGUACAUCCACCUUAGAACAAGCGUAGAAGCUCUUAGUGAAACCAUCGACCCUCGAUUACAAGAUAUUGUAGAGAGAAUGUUUCAACGCUGUGCUGAGGAUCACGAAUACGAGCAGGCUAUUGGUAUCGCACUCGAAUCAAGACGUUUGGAUGUCAUUCAAUCCAUCAUUCAAAAGCAAGGCGGACAGGAAUUAUUGGCCUAUGUCCUUGAGGUCUGCAUGACAUUAGUGCAAAACUUGGAGUUCCGUAACCAAGUAUUGCGAUUAUUGGUGAAUUUGUACAAAACACUCGAAAAUCCUGAUUAUAUCUCUAUCAGCCAAUGUUUGGUUCAUUUGAAUGAUUUCUCAGCUUGUGCUGACAUGUUGAAGCAUUUAGUGGAAAAGGACAAUGAGCUUAUGGCCUAUCAAGUUUCUUUUGAUUUAGAAGAAAAUGCUACACAGGAAUUUUUGUCUAAAGUAGCUGCUGAAUUACCUCAAGAAGAAUCUACAGAUGCUACUCAAGAAGAAAAGCCCAAACAUGAUACACCCUUCAAAAAAAUUAAGUCCAUCUUAUCUGGUGAAGAAUCCAUUCGUCUUCAUCUUGAAUUCCUGUAUCGUAAUAACCACACUGACUUAUUAAUUUUAAAGAACACAAAGAAUGCAUUAGAAUCCAGAAACUCCAUUUAUCACUCUGCUGUUACUUUUGCUAAUGCUUUUAUGCAAGCAGGUACAACAAGUGAUGAGUUCUUGCGUCAAAAUCUUGAUUGGUUAUCCAGAGCAACCAACUGGUCUAAAUUCAGUGCUACCGCAGCUCUUGGUGUGAUUCACAAGGGUCAAUUGGCACAAUCCAUGAAUUUAUUGGCACCUUAUUUACCUCAAGAAGGUGUCAGUGGUAACAGCUCUUAUUCUGAAGGUGGUUCCCUGUAUGCUCUUGGUCUCAUCAAUGCUAAUCAUGGUGCUGAAGUCUUGAAUUACUUGAAAUCAGCACUCAAGGAUACCUCGGAUGAUGUGAUUCAACACGGUGCUUGCUUGGGUCUUGGUGUUGCUGGUAUGGCUACUGCCAAUGGACCUAUCUACGAAGACCUCAAGAACGUGCUCUUUGGUGACAAUGCUGUAGCUGGUGAAGCCGCUGGUUUGUCUAUGGGUCUCAUCAUGCUUGGUACAGGCAACAUGGAAGCUGUUGAAGAAAUGCUUCAAUAUGCUCAUGAAACACAGCAUGAAAAGAUCAUUCGUGGUCUGGCUAUUGGUAUUCCAUUCAUCAUGUAUGGUAAAGAAGAAAAGGCCGAUACCUUGAUCCAAGAAUUACUUGAAGACAAGGAUCCUGUUCUCCGUUACGGUGGUAUCUAUACCAUUGCCAUGGCUUACAGUGGCACAGGUAACAAUAAGGCCAUUCGUCGCUUGUUGCAUGUUGCUGUCAGUGAUGUGAAUGACGAUGUUCGUCGUGCUGCUGUUACUGCUUUAGGUUUUGUGCUUUUGCGUAACCCCAAGCAAGUUCCUCGCAUUGUCCAAUUGUUGGCUGAGAGUUAUAACCCUCAUGUGCGUUAUGGUGCUACUUUGGCCUUGGGUAUUUCAUGUGCUGGCACAGGCGAUUUGGAUGCCCUUGAAUUACUUGAGCCCAUGACCAAGGAUCCUGUCGACUUUGUCCGUCAAGGUGCUUUUAUGUCUCAAGCCAUGAUCUUGAUCCAACAAACUGAGAACACAAACCCCAAGGUAGCUGGUGUCCGUAAAUUGUACGAAAAGAUCAUUGGCGAUAAGCACGAAGACCCCAUGGCCAAGUUUGGUGCUGUUCUUGCCCAAGGUAUCAUUGAUGCUGGUGGAAGAAACGUGACUAUCUCUCUCUUUUCUCGUACAGGUCAUGCCAACAUGCCUGCUAUUGUUGGUAUGGCCGUAUUCACACAAUUCUGGUACUGGUAUCCCUUAACACACAUGCUUAGUUUAGCAUUCACACCUACUGCCAUCAUUGGUCUCAACAAAAAUUUGGAAACGCCUCGCUUUGAGUUUGUGUCGAAUGCCAAGGCUUCUUUGUUUGCUUAUCCUCCUGCCUUAAAGCCUCCAUCUGCUACUGUGGUUGAAAAGGUGGCUACAGCUGUCUUGUCCACUACAGCCAAGGCCAAGGCUCGUGCUAAAAAGAUUGAAAAGGAAAAGGGUGAUCAAAUGGAUGUAGAUGAACCCACCAAAGAAGAAGGUAACGAAGACGAAAAGAAGGAAGAACGCAAGAAGAAAAAGAAGGAAGAAAACUUUGAAAUUCUCGAGAACAUGGCUCGUGUGGUUCCUGCUCAAUUGAAGCAUAUUCAAUUCAAGACAGAAUCUCGUUAUAGUCCUGUCAAGCAAGAAAAUGUGGGUGGCAUUAUCAUGUUGAUGGACAAGAAGCCCGAAGAAGAAGAAGAUUUAAUUCAACCUCGCGUACCAUCAGGAGGUAAGUUACAUUUACUGUCAUAGAUCUGUAUUAAAAACUUGGAAUAGACGCAACAACAAGAGCUGCAGCUGAAGAAGAAGCAGCACCUUUUGAACCCUUCGAGUACCCUUUUGAUGAUUAAAUCAUUUUCUGUAGAAAAAAAAAAUUAAAAAUAAUAUAUACUCAAAAUAAAGAUGAUUUGUCUUUAUCAUUCAA